AUAUCUGUAGCAGAAUUUGUUGACAGUUAGUGUAACAGUUUUAUAGUCAGCUACGUAGAGCACAGUUCUUGAAAAACUUUUAUUUUUUUUUUUCCCCGAUUCAUGUGUAAUUUGUUGUUUGUGUGUCUAUCCCAAGAGAGUUAAGUAAUUGUUUCGAAAGACGUUGUCCAAAUUGAACGUAUUCUAAGGCAGGCACACACAGCGCGUAAUCCGUCUCCCCAGAACAGGAAGAGAGAACUAACAGAUCAGAAAGCUAGCAGCCAGCACCACCUGCAACAAUAUGAGCAGCACCAAGAGAUUCAACCUGAGCCAGAUGGCCUUGCAGAGCAGCUGCGCCCACAAUGCGCUCAAGUCGGUGCGCAAACUCUACAUGAGAUCAGGAGCGACAAAUGUGGCGCUGCUGAGGCAGACGAGCGCCCCCACGGAAAAGAAGCCCGUGGAGUUGAGUGGACCGCCGGCGACUAAGGCUGCGCGCGUUGGCCACUUGAGCAAGGUGAUUGGCGUGAAGAAGACGCUGGUCAAUCAGAUGCAGGGCAUGGUGCAGAGGAUGCAGCCGCACGUCCGUUCGCAGAGCUUGCUCCUGUCGCAGAAGAGCAACGGCUCCAAGUACAGAAUCUACGGCCAGACGCGUCUCUUUUCCUCGAUGAGCAGCCUGGCCAGCAGCAGCACAGUGCUCCAUCCCGCCUCGAGGCAGUUGCCCCUGCUGCAGCGUCGUCGCCUUUCCCAUGCCAGCUACCAGCCGAGGGCGUUGCCGCAGGGCUCGGUGGUGCAGCAGCGGUACAGCCAGCUUGGCCACAUGUACGACAGGCGGAAAGGUGAGAUGGCCAAGGACAUAAGUCGUUCCAUACAGUCGGAGCUGAUGGACGUCGAUCUGACAACGAAGCGGCUCAUCAGCUGUGCCCGCAACAAGCCGGACUUGCUGGCCGAGCAGAGCGAGCAGGAGGCGCAGCGCCAGCGACAGCAAAUGGAGCAGCAGGAAAUGCAGCUGCGGAUAAAUCAGCAACACCAUCAGCAGCAUCCGCUGCGCUACAAUCCGUUCAAGAUCUGGAAGCAGCAGCGCUCGGCCAGGCCGGCGGCCAAAGCCACAGUUGACGAAGCUGAUCAGCCGCAGGAGGAGGAGGAGGAGCUGGAGGGCAAACGGCGGAAUCGCAAGCUAAAGGCCAAACUGAGCGAACUCUAUGCCAGCUCCGACAAGAAGACCCGCAAACUGCAAUACCAGAGCGCACUGACGGCGGAGUUGUCUAAGCGAAUUGCAAAUUAAAGAGCGUAAAAUUGA